AUGAGCACAGAAUCAUCUUUCAUCGAUAAUCCACUAGCUGAGCAACGUUGGCUCAUUGACUGUAUCAAUACCUUCAAAUUAGAUAAAGAAAUAGCGAUUGACUUUUCUCCUUGUAUUUGUCAAGUUCCUAAAAGCUUUAAAGAAACUAAUACACAAGCUUAUGUCCCUCAAAAAAUAGGACUAGGACCAUACCAUUUUUCACGUCCAGAUUUCUUUGUCACUCAAAGGUACAAACUAAACAUAGCCAGGAAUCGCAUGAAUUCUUCCGAAGUCCAAGAUUUCAUAAACGACAAGCUAAGGUUAUUUGAGCCAAUCAUUCGAGCAUGCUAUGAUAAGUUCUUGGACAUCGACACCAAUACAUUAAAUUGGACAUUGACUAUUGAUUCUCUCUACUUGCUUCACUUCUUGACAAGUUAUCCCCCACAUGAUCAAAUAGAUUCUCAAGGUCGUUCCUUGCCUCAAGAUCAAGAUGAAGGAAUAGAUUCUGAUAGUCGAAGCUUGGCUAAAGAUAUCAUAAUGCUUGAGAAUCAAAUCCCAUGUACGGUUCUCAUUGAACUUCAAAUGGCUUUGAACCAACCUUACGAUUUGCUGUUUGAAGAACUUUUCUAUAGUUUCUGUAAAUCACACUCUCCUCUCCAGCUAGCAGAGAAUAAGAAAUUUCGUCAUUUCAGAUUAUGCAAGAAGCACUGUCCUCAUUUGCUGGCUUAUAUGCAUCAUUUAAUUGUCCCCAGUCGUGCGUUUAUUGAAGACAGUGUGGCGGAGCUACAGGCAGAGAGAGUGGCGGAGCUACAAGAGAACAGAGUGGUACUAGUAGACACAGUGAAGGUACUAUCAGACAGAGUGGAGGUACAAGCUGUGUCUGAGGUACAAGCUUUUAGAGAAAUAGUGCGAAUUGGUGCUGCUCUUGGCAUUCCAGGAGCUAGCACAAUUGAGAAACCAGUUAAUUUGAUAUCCCAAUUGCCAUGGGACCAAAUUACUGGACUCCUCAAUAAGAAUGAGGAGAAUAAACCUCGAGUCGAAGAGAUAGAAAUCCCAUCAGUCGCAGAACUUGAAGAAAUUGUUAAGGUAAAAUUCAAGCUGAUAGGAGGAGGGAUCAGGAAUAUAAAAUACAUUAAAGAAGGAGACAAGCAUGUAAUAUAUCUUCCUGCAAUCACUCUAAAUUCCUAUUCAGAAGUGAUAUUAAGAAACUUGGUAGCAUAUGAAGCAGCUACUGCUGGUCCAGAAUCUGCACUCGAACUAGCUGAAUAUGUUGACUUCAUGUGUGGAAUUGUGGAUACUCCAAAAGAUGUCGAAAUUCUCAAGAAAGCUAAUAUUAUUAAAGAAAAUAGUACUUUGAAUGAUGAGGAAAUUGCUGAUUUAUUCAAUGGGAUACCUAAAACAACUGGGAAGUUCAAGAAGAAGAAAAAAUCGGAUUUAGAGAAGGCUAUUGAAGCAGUGAAUGAGAAAUUCGACAAUAAAUUAACAGUAAAGGCUUAUAAGUUUAUCAAGAAGCAUAUUUAUACAUCUUGGAAGUUUCUAUCUUUGCUUUAUACUAUACUGCUCAUCUUGCUGCUUUCUUUGCAAGCGUUUUGCCAAGUCUAUGGUUGCAGUAACCGGUGGUUUCAUUACCCUGCAAACGCGAGUCUAUGGUUGCUGUAA